CUAAAACAUAACACAGUGCAAACAAACCAAACCACCCACAGAUAACAGUACAUACAAGCAAGCGUCGUCAGGCAGGCCGGGUCAAUAUCAAUAGGGCAGGUAGGUACAUGGGGAGCAAGCGGAGAUGGGUCGGGGUCACAGGCCAGGUUCAGCAGGUAGCAAGUAGCGUGGUACAGAGGGUCAGGCAGAGGGAUGGUCAGGAGCGAGCCGGGAUCAGAGCAGGAGAAGUCAGCAGCGGUUCAGAUCAGGCAGGGUCAGCAAAGGAACAGAAACAGGAUGCAGGACAGAUACAGGGCCCAGGACAAACACAACACCAAGGCAGAGUCUGUGGGUCUGGCCAU